AUGGAUCCGUCCGCCGCUCCAGUCCGCGAGUGUACCGCGGAGAGCGAACCUGCUCCCCGCCCGCUUCCUCCUCCGCGUCCCGCUGCGAGCGUCCCUGUUGUUCCGUUGUCCGCGGCGGAUCAGAUACGCCGCCGUUUCGAAGAUCAGCGGCGCGAGCUGGCGCGGGACUCGCCACGUAAGGAUCAGACGCGCGAGGCACCCGGUGUGCGCUCCUACGAGGAGGCCGUGGCGCACCGGGGGCGCUCGCCUCGGCGACGUUCGUCGGUGACGCGCGAGGAUGGGAGGGCAGGCCACCGCGAGGAUCGCCGUGGAGAGUCUCGGUCGCCACGUCCGCCGCGGUCGCCCCGCUUGCCUCGUUCGCACCGCCGCGUGGCGUCGCGCAGCCAGUCCCGAGAUCGCCGGACGCGUCGUCUCCAGUCCCCCGUUCGCCAAUCGGCACGUCAUUGUUCGCCUGAUCGCUGCGCCUCUCGUCACCGUUCCCCGUCCGCACGUUCGCCGCGGCUGUCAAAGCGUCAGCGGCUCUACUCUCCUCGUCGCACGCCGCGAUCUCCUGGCCGCCAGCGCCAGCGCGUCCCGUCGCGCCAGCCAUCACCCGUGCGCUCGAAUGCAAGUGGUCAAGGACGACCUGGGCGGCCGGGAGGCAAUGCUCGCGGCGGGGCAGUGCGUCGUGCGCCGUCCGCAAUGGAUCGUCUUUUCCAGAGACUGGACGGCGUGGAGAAGGCGCUCCACCGUGUGAAUGCGGAGUCAUCGUCUCAAACUGCGCCUCCAGCUGCUCCCGUCACUCCCCUCGCCGCUCUCCUGCCGCACAACCCAGAGGGGUCCCUUGUGCGUCCUGGCCGCCCACUGCCUGCAGGGGCGUGUUUCCAGGGCGCGGGUGGUGGGGAUCCCUGGGGCCCGUUUGUUCCACCGCGCCCUGCCCUCCCUCCCCGUGAUCACGCCGUGACGUCUCGCCGAGCUCGCUCCACUGCAGCCCUUCCACCGACGAAAGAAGUGCCCACGGCGACCCUGGCGCGGUUGUGGUCGCUGGCGGAGAGUCUGCAGAGUCUUGAACAGAUUCUCCUGGAGUCGCAUGGCUCCAUGUCGGUGACCCCACCGAGCACGUUCUCUCAGAUUCCGCGAGCAAAGUGUCACGCGGCGGCGUCAACACUAUUCGCGUACGUGUCGCCACUACAGGUUGCGCCCUCGCCGGGAGUAGUCUCGGCCACCCAGCUGGCUGAGAAGGCCCUGGAUCUGAAGACGCUUGUAGCAGCUCGCGGAACUCCUGUUGACGUUGUCGGCGCCACCGCGUCAGUGGUCCGCUUGAUGUGGUUGACCACGCGCGAAAUGCUAGGUGAGCUUGAGGCGGACCGCAUGUAG